AUGUCUACCAACACAGAGCCGCCUCCUCAACCUCCACCUCCAGAUAAACUGGAUCCCAAUCUCCGAGGCGGCAAGGCCAUCUUCUUCACCCUCGACACCCUCUUCAACCGCGACUUUGCGACCGAACGCGGUCUGAUAAGAUGCAAGCAACUCAUCCCAAACCUUCGAGGCAAAUCUAUGGAUGAACUGAAGAGAGCCUAUCAUGAUGGUAUGGCCGCUGCGUAUGUAAGCCACAUCCACUCCCAGCUCUCAGCACUAGGCUGUCAUCCUACACAAGGUCCGGUAGAUAAAGUUGAGAUGAUGUUUCGGGAGCUCAACCUCGAACCGCCGUCGCGGAGUGACACGUACCUCAUCGGCAGAGAGUUUGGAGCUGAAUUCAACCGCAACCGGUUUGAAGUCGCCGGAGCGUCUGAAACCCUUGCGCAGCUGAAGAGUCUCGAUUAUGCGAUUGUUGUUGCCGACGAUGAUCUUGAGUGGGAUGCCGUGAAAGAUCUCAACUUCUGGCAGUACGUUGAUGCCAAUAUCAUUACGAAAGAUCCGGUGUUGCGCAAGCCAGACCUCAGGGUGUUCAAAAGGGCUUUGGAUGCUUGCGGAGUAUCUCCGAAAAAUGCUGUCAUCGUUGGGUGUUCGGUAGAGAAGGACAUUGCUGGUAUUCUUAAUGCUGAGGCGGAGCCCAUAUUGUACAUGCCAAAGCAGAAUUCCAUGGAAAUGAAAGUUCAGGGCACGCGUGUCUUGGUUGUUCGUAGCAUGGCUGAGCUAUUGUCGGAGAUAAGCCGUCGACCUGAGAACAGGCAUCUCGAAGCGGCCCAACGCCAUCAGGUACCUCCUCCACCUUCCCUAAGUCACCCACGAAUGCCACAAGCAUCACAGAACCAGGGAUACGCGAAUGAUCAGAACGGUGGACCCUCAAGCCAACAUCGCUAUGAAGGUUCAGGCCAAUCUCAACGUCCAGCUCCUGAUCCAAACUCUACUGACGAUAGGCAUACGAGUCAAUCUUGGGGGAAAGCUCCACUUUCCCGCAUACUAUCUCACUCAGGUUCCAGCAAUGAGACUCCACGAAGACACAGACUACCAGACCGUGGUCACCCACCUAAGUGCUACGAAAAGACUGCACGUCCGGUACCUACCUUGAGAUGCACACCCGCCAAGCGCCCUCGGUCUGAGCAUGGUUAUGUACCACCAUCACGUUAUCACGACCAGGGGUAUCCUGAUCAUGAACCGCCGAGGGGGCAUCACGAUCCUGCUGGCAGACCGGUCCAAGGUCCGUCGGCACAGACUUCUUCAACUGACACGCCACAACUGGCCAGGCUACUCAUGAGACCCAACGGUGACGGAACCGAAGAGUCCAGUACGGGAAGUCGUUCGCCCGCCUAUACCCCUCUGAGCCCGCCACCAACGCCGCUACCUUCGAUGAGAAUGUUUCCUCCCACCGAAGACUAUGGGAUUAUCAGGGCAACCUCCGGCGAGAACCAGCCCCGUUCUCAGUAUGACGGGCAUGGACGUGGGACUUUGAGAAAUGGGAACCCUACACCUGGUGGAUAUCCAACUGUACCUCCACCUAGAAGUCCGUAUCGACCACCCAUUCCAGACAACUCCACCUAUCGGGAACCCUCAUGGGUAGGCAGGAAUGGGAAUGAGUAUGAGACUUCGGGAGACAGGUACUCUACACGAGGCGGAUAUCCCCCUGAAACUCCAUUCUCGCAUCAAGGCUCUCGUCCCAGAGACGCCAGGCAUCAGGGUCAGUACCAGUCAUGGCAUUCUGGACAGUACGGCGAGGCCCUGGGAAGGUCAUACCCGACCCAAGAUCCACACCGGGCUGCAGCUGCAAUUGCGCAUCCGGCCCCGCAUGGAAUGUCUCUGCAAUUAGAGCCACCGAGUAGUAUGUACGGUGAACACGGGAGACAUACAUCCACAGGAAGGAAUACAUCAAUGUAUGAGGCAACUCCUGAUAGGCCUUGCGAAAUCCACAAUGCUAGGCCCUCGAGUGGAUAUUGGGGAUUUUCUGUUCAACGUGGACAGCCAAGCCGAGAGGAACAGCGUGUGCAGCCGCACCAUGGAGAAGUUAUCAACGUGACCUCUCCGGCUACGAAUCCCGUGCCCUCUUCUCAGGCACCGCAACCCGCUGCUCAAGAUCCAGCCAUUCUUGGUGAUCCAUCACACCAUGGAGAUUCGAAUAGCACUCCACCUGGCCUUUGGAGCACCUUGACUGACACUGGAUCUUCUCCUGCCACGCUUACACCACAGACCUCUAGUCCAGAGAGUGCACGACCGGAUGAUGCAGAUGCUGAGCCUCCAUGCAGACGUCAGAGGACAGGUGAAGAGCUUAGGGAAAUUGCUGAAGCUGUUAUUGAUCUGAGCCGAGGCCAUCCAAUACCUCCUUUGUAG